AUGAAGCGUAUAAAAACAAAUCAAGCGUUCAAAUCAUAUAAAAUUGGAAGAAGAAUUGAUGAAAGAAAGUUAAAGACGUUUCCUUCAUAUGAUGUAUAUGAGGAAUUGAAUAAAGAAUCAUCCUCUAAUAAGUAUGACAACUAUUGCAAGGAUAAGUUUAAAUCUGAAAGUGAACGAACAAAGUUGGACAAUCUUUGUAAAAAGUUAGCAAGAAAUUUAAAAGGAAAAUUAUCCAACAUUGAAGAUAAGGAAGAAAAUCAGGAUGAUCAUUGUUUAUAUUUCAUGUCCUGGCCUUACGACGAAAUGAGUAAAAUAUUUACUGGCAAUUCGAAAAAUAUUUAUGAAAUAGGAGGUUUUGCCAACUUACUCAAAAUAGUGUAUGAUAUCAGUUCUGAACUACGGAACGAGGAUUAUCGUGAAAAAUCUGCAUUUUUAAAUAAUGAGUUUAGUAUUUAUAAUCAGGUAGUAUGA